AUGGCUACGACCUUCAAUGCUCAGCCGGGUAACAUCCCCGUCUCCCUCGCGGACGGCCUGUCGCCGAACACAUUCGCCUCAUUCAAGCCAUUUAAUAAAUGGCUGGACCAAACCACCCGCUCCCUGGCCCUGCAGGCCAGCAACCCAGACCACCCUUUCCACGAUGACCCUUACACGCUCCGCUCCGUCACGGUCCAGGCCUUUGACAUGUUCGGCGGGUCGCGGCUGGGCUUCGUCAAGAUGACCGCGGACGUCCGCAACGGCGCCGGCGAGUCGCUCCCGGGGGCGGUCUUUCUGCGCGGGCCCAGCGUGGCCAUGUUGGUCAUGCUCAUCCCUGAACAUCCCGCAUCACAGGAAGGCAGCGGCUCCUCAAUACCUCCCGGCGCAAAGGUCAGCAGGGGGCCCCAGGAGAAGGAGGAGGAGGAGGAGCGCUACGUCAUUCUCACAGUCCAGCCGCGCAUCGCGGCCGGCAGUCUCGAGUUCGUCGAGUUGCCCGCGGGCAUGGUCGACGAUGCGGGUACGUUCGCGGGUGCCGCGGCAAAGGAGAUCAAGGAGGAGCUCGGGCUGGAGAUACCAGCGUCAGAGCUGCGCUGUCUUAGCGACUUGGCGGCCGGGGCGAGCUCGUCGACUGGCAAUAGUGCCGAGAACAACCAGAAGCACGUACGGGAAGAGGGAGGGGAACGCGACGAAGGUCUACCGGCGGCCAUGUACCCUUCGGCGGGAGGUUGCGACGAGUAUAUCCCAAUCUAUAUGCACGAGCGGCGGGUGCCGCGGGAACAGCUCAAAGAGUGGACGGGCAAGCUCACUGGCCUAAGGGAACAUGGUGAGAAGAUCACUCUCAAGCUGGUGAGGAUGCAGGAUUUGUGGAAGGAAGGUGGGCGCGAUGCAAAGGCUCUGGCUGCUGUUGCGCUGUGGGAAGGACUCCGCAGGGAAAGGAAGCUUUGA